AUGCCCCCCGGUGAGCUCCCGGCCAGCCUGGUCGCAGGCAAGCCCACGCCCACCGUCAACACAUCGGGCUACGGAAGCAGCUACACAAAAAAUACACCUACCUCCCCCGAGGACAGUCUGAUCCCAUUCGAUUCACCCUCCACUCGAACUGCCGGAAACCACAGCCCCCUCAGUCAGGAUGACCGCUCUCCUCGCGGCCUGGAGCCUGAGCAACCUGGAUUCCGGGACCGCUCCAAUGUUCGGGAUCGAUCGCGCCCCAAUGGACGACCCCAUAACAAGUCUCCAGGCUCGUCGCGUCUGUGUCAGAAGUGCAAUGAACCCCUGACUGGCCAAUUUGUCCGCGCGCUGGGUGGCACAUUUCAUCUGGAAUGUUUCAGAUGCGAGGACUGUGGUGAGAUUGUCGCUUCCAAGUUUUUUCCCGUCGACUCAGAGGACGGCUCCAGCCAAUUUCCGCUUUGCGAGACUGAUUACUUCCGACGGCUGAACCUUCUUUGCCACGAAUGCGGUGGCGCCCUCCGUGGGUCCUAUAUUACAGCCUUGGAUCGCAAGUACCAUAUCGAACAUUUUACCUGCUCGGUGUGUCCGACAGUCUUCGGGGCCCAAGACUCCUACUACGAGCACGAGGGCAAGGUCUACUGCCACUUCCAUUACUCCACUCAGUUCGCACAGCGUUGCCAUGGAUGCCAUACUGCGAUCCUUAAGCAUUUUGGAAUGUUCGAUUAUCGCCCGCUGGCCAAACGUGGGAGCCGCCUCCAGCGGACGCCGAUGCCACCCCCCGAGGAGCGCGAAAGCAUUCGCAAGGAGGAGGACUCAAUGGAAGAGAAGGUCUACAAUAUUUGGAGCACGCUCUCCACCUUUGAAGAAUCCUCCGCCGCGUGCAUCUCUGACAUGCUGCUCCACGUUAGCAAUGGGGCUUAUAUUGACGGUGUCCUAGUGGCCAAGCGAUUCAUUGCCCACGUGGAAAUCCUCUUUGCCGCAGUCGAUGAACUGGCGGUGUACAUCAAAUCUCAUGGCGUAAAGGAACUAUCAUAUGGUCGAGAAGCCAAACUGCUUUGCAAGAAGAUUGUUGCCUUUUUCGCCCUUUUGUCCAAAACUCAAGAGACUGGGGUUCGCAAACUUGGUGUUACCCAGGAACUGCUCUCGUUGGUAACAGGCCUUGCUCAUUACCUCAAGCUUCUCAUUCGUAUCGGUCUCCAGGGUGCCCUGAAGCUCGAGCGAGAGAAAUCGGCACCUGACGGUCUGAACAACUUCCUCACGCACCUUGCCGACCAAGAAUCCCUUGCGCCACCGGAAGACGAAAAUACGCCAAUUGAUCUGAAUUCCGGCGUCGAAGGCCUCGCUGACCAGCUUUCUGAUUGCUGUAUUUCGUGCAAGGAGCCUAUUGACGAUGAAUGUGUCCGCCUGGGAGAGAACCGCUGGCACCUGAAACCCCCUCAUCUGUCAUGUUCCUCAUGUGAAAAGGACCUGACUAUGGAUUUGUCCGACGCAUUGUGGAAUGAGAGCGAAAAGCGCACGUACUGCGCGGCCUGUGCUAACGACCAUGACCUCGGUCCGAACGCGCAGGCUGGCUACAUUCAGGUUUCCAAGUUGCAGCAGUUUGUUUUCCUACUCAGAGUUGCUCUGGCACGUCUUCUGGCUGUUCUUCGCGCUGGCGGAACUCUCCCUCAUUCAUCAGAUGAUCCCAACCUUGAAGGAUAUGACAACAAGAAUGCAUAUCGCGUGCAACCCGGUGAUGUUCGCCGGUCCAACACGCGCUCUCAGUCUUAUAGCGGUGCCCGUGAUGGCUUUGAAGAAUCGUCUCUGGAGCAGACUGUAGGCGAAAUGCGUCGCCUGCGUUCUAUUCGCAAUGAGCGCACUCUGUCCACCACAUAUAAGAAAGCCCGUGCAUCCCGAAUCAUCGAUGGCCCGGAGGGUCGAAGUGUACGACCAGGCUCGUCUGGCAAUGAUGGCAGUGACCCUCGUGGUCCCGGCUUCCAGAUCGUCGAAGAGCGUGAUGCCAACGGCGAGACCGUCAAGGAUCUGACCUUCGGUGCCCAGGAUGCCCUUACUUUGGACGAUAUCCCGCGCAUUGUCGCGGCCGAACAAGCCAAGGAGCAGCGCCCCAACGCAUACCGACAUGCCGGUACUAAGCUUGUGGGAACCAUGGAAGGAAUGCCCACUUACAGAUCAGGUCAUGCACGCGAACUGUCAAAGAAUCAGUUGGAUAUGCUUGUGGACUCUUCAACUCGUAAUAAGCGCUAUUUCUCUGAACUUACUGCUUUGGAGUACUUCAUCGUCCGCCAUGUUGCUGUGCUGUCUAUGGAGCCGUUGUUAGACGGACAGUUCAGUAUGGAGGAGUUGCUGUCGCUGAUCGAGUCCCGAAAGCCGACCAUCUGGAACAUCUUCGGCCGCGCCUUCAAGGAUGAAAAGAAGAAGGGCAAGAAGAAGGGAAUCUUUGGCGUGUCAUUGGAUUACUUAGUGGAGAAGGAGGGUACUGAGUCCAGUCAUGGUGUUGGCCCUGGUGCCCUGCGGAUUCCGGCACUUGUGGACGAUGCUGUCUCCGCCAUGCGUCAAAUGGACAUGUCGGUUGAGGGCGUCUUCCGGAAGAAUGGCAACAUCCGGCGUUUGAAGGAUCUCGCGGAGUUGAUCGACACCAAGUACGACCAGGUUGACAUGACAAAGGAGGGUCCAGUGCAAAUUGCAGCGCUCUUGAAGAAGUUCCUGCGCGAAAUGCCUGAUCCGCUGAUGACAUUCAAACUGCACCGCCUCUUCGUUGCAGCGCAGAAACUCUCCGAUCCCGAGAAGCAGAAGCGAGUGUUGCAUUUGGCCUGCUGUCUCCUCCCCAAGGCCCAUCGUGACACGAUGGAAGUUCUGUUGACCUUCUUGAACUGGACAUCGUCCUUCUCGCAUAUUGAUGAAGAGUCUGGCAGCAAGAUGGACAUUCACAACCUGGCUACUGUCAUGACGCCGAACAUUCUAUACCCUAAUACCAAGAACAGCACCGUGGACGAGAGUUUCCUGGCAAUUGAGGCAGUCAAUGCGCUUAUCACAUAUAAUGAUACUAUGUGCGAGAUUCCCGAGGACUUGCAAUCCAUUCUGAGUGACCCUACUCUUUUCAAAGAGAAUUCUGAAGUGACCUCCAAAGACAUCCUGAAGCGAUACGGUGAUAUUGCCAGAGGCAGCUUCUCAACGAGGCCCGAUAACGGCGGGGAGACUUUCACCAUCAACAAUUCCCGAACCCAAAGCACCCCGACUUCAGCCCGUAUUGAAACAGACCCUUCUCAGGAUGCUGCCUGGCAAAUGCAGAGCUCGGUUCGCCAUGUUCCGGGGCCUAGUGGCAACUCUCUCUCGUCAAGUGCCCAGCCUCAAGCUGGACUGGACUUCGGACCCCCGCAAGCUGCCUAUCACCGUGAACGCAGUACCAGUAACGGUAGUGGUGCUUCAGAAGGCCAACAAGGCCUUGCUUACCGUCCACGGCCCAGUCCCGGCGCAAUGGGCGUCACCGGCUAG